UACGAUACGGGGGGAGCGCAAGUGCGGUUUUUUUGUCAAUUAUAAACCAUUUAGUGAAAAGUAAAGCGAGUUGACUGAUCUCUGGACUGUCUAAUAAGGCUCAGCGGGAUCGCUGUAACUGACGACAAACAUGGAUAUGCCCAAUCCCCCCGAAGAUCAAGAACUGAGGAAUGUCAUUGACAAGCUGGCCCAGUUUGUUGCUCGGAACGGGCCAGAGUUUGAAAAGAUGACGAUGGAGAAACAGAAGGACAACCCUAAGUUCUCCUUCCUUUUUGGGGGAGAAUACUUCAGCUACUACAAGUGCAAGCUUGCUAUGGAGCAACAGCAGCAUCCCUCUACCAACGAUGGGGAGGAAUAUAAAUCUGAAGAAAUGUACAACCCGGGGGCCAAAGAAGUAGUUGACAUCCCGCCUCCACCGAUGCCAAUAAUGGCUGCACCUCAGAUUCCUCCACCUGCCUCAGCUUCAACGGAUGAGCUCAUCCAACAGAGUCAGUGGAAUCUGCAGCAGCAGGAGCAGCAUCUGCACACACUCCGACAGGAACAAGUGACUGCAGCCAUAGCUCUAGCUAUGGAGCAGCAGACCCAAAAACUGUUGCUUGAAACUCAGUUGGACAUCACAGAGUUUGACAGCCUGCUGCAACCCAUAAUAGACACCUGCACCAAAGACGCCAUCUCUGCUGGUAAGAACUGGAUGUUCAACAACGCCAAGACUCCACAGCAUUGUGAACUGAUGACAUCACAUCUUCGCAACCGCAUCACUCUUGAUGGGGCACAUUUUGAGCUCCGCCUACAUCUUAUCUAUUUAACCAAUGACGUCCUCCAUCACUGCCAGCGGAAGCAGCAGAAGGAUUUGUUGGCAGCGCUGCAGAAAGUUGUAGUUCCCAUCUACUGCACCAGCUUUCUGGCUGUAGAGGAAGAGAAGCAGCAGAAGAUCACCAGGUUGUUGCAGCUGUGGGAGAAAAAUGGGUACUUUGAUGAGGAGACCAUUCAGCAGCUCCAGAAUCCAGCACUGGGUCUCGGCCAGUACCAAGCGUCUCUGAUAACUGAGUAUGCUGCGGUGGUGCAGCCCAUUCAGCUGGCCUUUCAGCAGCAGAUCCAGGCUUUGAAGACACAGCACGAAGAGUUUGUUGCCAGCCUGAAGCAGCAGCCACAACCUACCCCUCUAGCACAGCUAGGAACCCCUGCUGAACCUGAAAAGGCCCCACCUAUGACCACAAAAGCUGGGGAUGUGAAGCCUCCCAUAUCAGGUCCUCCUCCAGGGGAGUUUGAUGGCGCUUCAUCAAGGCCCCAGGACCCCAGCAACCCCAGUGGACCCUCAGAUAUCCCUUCUAACAAGCCUGCGUGGUAUGACCCCCAGCACAUGGGCCCCUGGAACCCCAACCAGCCGCCUCCUUUUGAUCCAAACCAGCCACCCCCUCCGUGCCCACCGUGGAACAGCCAUGAGGGGAUUUGGAAUGACCAGCGGGACCCAGGAAACUGGAGUGGAGGUCCACCCAGAGAAGGAGGCCCCUGGAGCGGUCCAGGUGGGUCAGACCAAGGCCCUCCAUCCUGGAACUCAUAUGACCAGCAGCCACCAUGGGGUAACCAGCCAGACCAGCCUCCGUGGGGCCAGAGGGAGCCCCCAUUUCCUCCACGCAUGCAGAGACCUCCCCAUUUCAGAGGGCCCUUCCCUCCUCACCAGCAGCCACCUCCUUUCAACCAGCCCCCACCACCGCACAGUUUCGGACGCUUCCCACCACGCUUUAUGCAGGACGAUUUCCCUCCCAGGCACCACUACGACAGGCCGCCAUACACCCCACACCGCUUUGACUAUGCUCAGGGAGAUUUUCCCGGAGACAUGCCAGGUCCUCCUCCCCACCACCAUCCCAAUCAGAGGCUCCCUCACCCAGGUAUGGGUGCAGACCAUCCUCCUUGGGGUGGAGGUCAGCACCCGGAUUUUGGCCCACCCCCACAUGGCUUCAAUGGCCAUUCGCCCCACAUGCGUCAUCGACAGCAUCCUGUGCAGGAUGAUCCCAGUCUGGUGCCCAAUGUACCCUACUUUGACCUGCCAGCUGGUCUCAUGGCUCCGCUGGUCAAACUUGAGGACUGUGAUUAUAAACCUCUGGACCCUAAAGACAUCCGGCUGCCCCCUCCCAUGCCACCCAGUGAUCGCCUUCUAGCUGCUGUGGAAGCUUUCUACAGCCCUCCAUCCCAUGACCGGCCCAGGAACAGUGAAGGCUGGGAGCAGAAUGGCCUGUAUGAGUUCUUCAGGGCCAAGAUGAGAGCCAGGAGGAAAAAGGGACAGGAAAAACGCAACAGUGGUCGUGGUGGCAGUCGCUCCAGGAGUCACUCUCGCAGCAGAGGGAGAUCUUCAUCUCGCUCCAGCUCUCGCUCCUCAAAGUCCUCCAGGUCACGGUCUCGCUCGUCUCGCUCCCAGUCACGCAGCCGCUCCCGCUCCUACUCACGAUCCAGGUCCAGGAGUAGAUCCAGGUCAUCACAGAGUCGCUCUCGCUCCAGAUCCAGAUCCCAUUCACGUUCACCUGCCAAGAGACGCCGUGGCCCCAAAUCCCAGAGCUCCUCCCCUCCCUCCACAUCAGUGUUGGGUGCCCCUCCCUCCAAACUGACAGCAGAUAUCAGGCUAGGAGAGGAGAACAAAGGCCAUCAGCUGCUGAUGAAGAUGGGCUGGAGUGGUUCAGGUGGUUUGGGGGCCAAAGAACAGGGAAUCCAGGAUCCCAUCAAAGGAGGCGACAUCAGGGACAAAUGGGACCAGUAUAAAGGUGUGGGGGUGUCACUGGAUGACCCUUAUGAGAACUAUCGAAGGAAUAAGAGCUACAACUUUGUCGCCCGUAUGAAGGCAAGAGAGGAAGUCAAUCGGGAACCUCAGGAGGCCCCUUCAACUGACUAAUGUCAUCAGAUAGCAUCAGACAACUCCUUAUCUUCCCUGUCGCUACGUCCACUGAGGAUCUCACUGUCAGUUUUCAAUCCAGGAUUGUAAUCAGAAGUCCCAAAUCCUUUCUAUUUACUCAGAGACCAGAGUGAUGAGACAAAAGUAUUACCACAGUUGUGAAACCUUUGAAGGAGGGCAAACCCUUUUUGCUCUCUGAUCAAUCAAGAGCCUGGAUUGAUGUGUCAGAGCAAAAAGCAUCAUAUUUGCAGAUUGAACAGUCAGCACUAAAACUAGUAACACUGCAAAGCUUAUCAAGAAUUUGUCAUUUAGCAGUCUUUGCAGGGACGUUGGAACUAAUGAAAAAGAUUUGUUGCAGUACUUACUAUUUCACUCCCAGUGUUUCUGUAUUUUUUUAAUCGGUCUCUAAAAUGAAUGUUGGACCUCCUUCAGUGUGUAGGCUGAUAACAGAGGGCUGACACAGACUGUGCCUCAACAUUUAACAGCUGCAGAAACAAAUGAGACAAAUGGUUAAAAAAUUAAAAUACAAAAAAGUGAAUUGCUCUGAAUAUUAUGGAAGUUCUUUUAAAAGUUAGUGGACAGUCUUUAAUUUGUGUAUGAAUGUCAACAUUUGAAUGAAGAGGUGUGUUAAAUGAUUUUAAUUGGGGUUUUACAAUAUUGUUUUCUUUUGUCUCCCUGGAGUUGCUGAGUUAAAGGGUCAGUCAACCUGAAUCAGAAAAAUAAAUAAAAAUCUCAUUUGCCUCUCGUGGUAUCUCCAAUAAAA